GCGAAACGCCGUGAAAUGCAGUUGAGCAACGUCAAGUGCAGGUUGCUGCUGCUGUUGGCCAUAGGCCUGAGCGUGGGCGGCACUGGAGCGAAGCCUAGUGAGGCUAUUGUAGAGAAUCUAUGGGAUGGUCUGGGCCAGGCGGGCAGAGAAAUAUUCGAUGGAUUUGUGAACGCUUCUUUGGCGCAGGGCGUAACGAACGAUGUGUUCGAUAAACUAAACAAUUCAACUGAUAAAUUUGUUAGCGAGUUCAGUAAGUUUGGUCAGGAUAUAGCCACGGCCAUAUCGGAGGGUGUUACUAACGCUCUGCGCAAUCUUGGCAAGCUGCAUCGCAACAUUCAACAGCUGGAGUCACAAGUGCGUAGAGAGAAGAAUCUGCUUAAGCGACAUGCCUUGCGGCAAGGCUUGGCAGCUCUACAGACGUUUAGUGCAGUCGCCUUGGAGCUGCAGAGCACGCUGUCCAAUGUAACCAACCAGCUGGCCAACAAGGUGAACAGUCAGGUGGAGCAACAGCUGCAAGAGCUGCGUCAAUGGGCUGAGCAGCAGUUGGAGCGUGUGGAUGAGGCCACCGAUGGUGAAGGCCAUGAGCAGGCCAAAGAAAUACUUAACACACUAUUGGCAAACUUUGGCGAGCAGCUGCAGCAUUCCCUGGAAGAAGUGCUAGUGCGGAAGAGUGAACUCGAGCAGAAACUCCUCGAUGCCAUUGUCACUAACGCUGAAACUGCAGACCGUUUAAUUGAGGAAAUUAAGCAAUGCGCGCGCAUCACACGCAGCAGUCAAAGCUGCCAGGAUAAUAUUGAAGAGUUAAUUGAGCUGCUGCGCGAGGGACCGGAGACUUUUAGAAAGUUGCUGGAGCAGGGCAAAGCGCUAAUCGAACUGGGCAUAGAAAAUGCAACAACAUACGCUGAGUUACUAGCGCAGUUGAUCAAGGAUAAGUUCCAAUGCGAAAAGGAUUUGGAUAAUUUAAUUGAAGGCGGUAGCACAACAGCAGCUAGCGAGGAUGCUGAAGAGGAAGAUUCUACUGCAGCUGAUGGUGAGACAGAGACUACUGCGGAUAGAGAAGCAGACGAACAGGUUGAGGAAACAACAGCUGAUAGCCAGGACGAUGAGCAGGACAACACUGCAGAUGCUGAUGAGGAAGGAGACGAACAGGCUGAGGAAACAACAGCUGAUAGCCAGGACGAUGAGCAGGGCAAUACUGCAGAUGCUGAUGAAGAAGAGAGCACUUCGCCAGCCGCCGACGGGGACGAAGAGGCUGAGGAAACAACAGCUGAUAGCCAGGACGAUGAGCAAGAAUCCACUGCAGAUGCUGAUGAGGGUGAGGAUGAGCAGGACGAAGAGAGCACUUCACCAGCCGACGAUGAAGCUGAUGGCAACAACAACAACAAUACAGAGAGCUCCACAGAAGCCAGCAGCUCAUUAUUAGAAAAGCUGCUCAAUGGCUUCGGCAACAUUGGCCUGGAUAUUUUAGAAGGAUUCAGAAAUGCCACAGAAAACGGCGCAGAAGCGGCCAAAGAUUUUCUUGACAAUCUUCGCAAUUCCAAAGCCGAAUUCGUUGAGAAUCUUAAUGCACUCGGACAAGAGCUGGCGAACACGCUAACUAAGGACCUUCUACAAAGUCUGGAGAAACUAACAAGCGGCCUGACAACGUCUAUUAAUGAACUGGAUGCCAAAAUAAAGGGCGAAAGGUUUAAGCGCACGCCGCUAGAUAAAAGUCUGUCAGCGCUUAUAAAGCUCAGAGGCACUGCCUUGGAGCUGAGCAGCAAGCUGACCAAUUUGAAGAGUGCGCUGGCCACUAAGAUAGCUGAACAAGUGGCGAGAAAGAUUAACGAUCUACAGGAUUGGGCAGAUCAGCAGCUGGAACGCGUAAAGCAAGCGGCAGGUGAUGCGGCUGCAGCAGCGGCUAAGCGCGUUUUGAGAAAGUCUUUGGAAAUCUUUGUGAGACGUCAACAGGAAUGCGUGGAGGAGUUGCUGCUGCAGAAGAGUCUGUUUGAGCAGGAGGCGAUAGAUGCCAUCAUUGAGAUACAAGAAGCGGCGCAGGGGCUCAUUAGAGAAAUUAAACUAUGCCUGAUACCAGGACGCAGCAACCGACGUUGCGUGCAGGGCACGGAACGGGCUUUGGAGGAAUUACGCCUGGCAGCUGCAGAAUUUCAAGAUCUGCUGCAGCAAGGCCGCGAAUUCGUUGAGCAGGGUCUUGACAACUCCAAGUGCUUUGCAGCCUUGUUAAUCGAGCUGGCCAAGCAAAGAUUCGAAACCCAGCAGCAGUUGGACGAACUUGUUGCUGCCGCAUAGUCAGCAGUCAAUCAUUGGGCAUUAACUUUUAAAGGUGGCGGUUUGUUAGUUUUUAAAGUGCAACAGCAGCGUAUUAAAUAAAAUUGAACAACUUUCUUCAAU